AAUGAGGCCGUUAGGUGCCAGCGGGACACUUGAGAGCGACCGUGCGUGAAUGAUGGAGCUGAGUUUCCGAGAAGGGCUGGCGUUUGGGUGGGAGGAGAGUGCCGUGGACCGGAGCUCAUGGAGCGACGUGUCGGAGGCGGCGUUGAAGCGGUUGGAAGUGGCCAAGGAGAAGUUCACGACAUUCGCGGCGAUGCCCGCGACGCGGGAUGGGUCGUACCACCAGGUCCUGUCACCGAGCGACCACUUGACCGAGGUAACAUGGAGUCGGUUCAAGAAGUACUGCGAGGAGUGCGGAUGGCUUGCGCGGCGCCGGAAGGCCACGGACGCCGAGAAGCAGCAGGCGCGAGAAACGCGCAAGGCGGCAGUGUACUUUGUCGAUGCCAAGCUCCGCCACGUGACCAUGACCGCCAAGCGUAAGCUGAUGCAGGAAGUCGUCAGCCCCCAGCACAUGAUGUCCAUGGAGAAGAAGCCGCGCGUCGGCGCAGGCGUCAAAUGCAAGCAAUGCGACCGCGAAGCGCUGCUCAAGAACUACGGAUUCUGUGGCCAUCAUCGACCGACGUCGAGUUUUUAUUCGAUUUUACCCCCCCCAGCAGCCCCAAACCAAGCAAAUCCAAGUACCGACCAAGACGGAGCUAGAAAUGGGCUUGCAAUGGCCACUCCAAUGUGCAAAGGAGCGCGCGGCACGACGUGCAAAAAGUGCGACCAGCCUCCGCUGGAGAAGAACUAUGGGUUUUGUGGCGUCCACCGCGCGAAAACGAGUGCCCCUACCAGUGCCGCGACCACCAACAAUAGCAAUAGCAAUAGCAAUAGCCAUCACUCCGCGGCGGCGCUCGCAGGCAUUGCAGUGUAAACGGCAACCUCGGUUAACUCGACACAUAAUUUGACCCAGAUUUCACAAACACA